AUAUUGGUGCGGGCAACUCUCUCAUCCCGGGACAGAAGAAAACACACCAGACUCAGCGGCAGCUUGGGCAUCUACAGACCGUCGCACAUUAAUAACAACAGAUCUCGGGGGAUUAUCUUUCACAGGCAGCUUGCACUCGUCUUUUUGCCUUCGCUCUGACUCCAUCCGAUUUAGACGCUUCAGUAGCUUGUCCUUAUUCUCUGUACAGGAAAGGUUUGCAUUCACUCAUUCACCAAUCUCACCAUUCAUCUUGAGAAUAAGUGCAGGAGAGCUUUCAUCUUCAUACUUUACAUCAACAACAUCCCCCUCAUGAACUACAGAUUGAAGAAUGUCUUUUCUCUUUACAGUGUCCAGAGAGGCUUCAAUUUCUGUCCAUUCAAUUAAUGCCCACAUUUUGUCUAUAAUGCCAAAAAAGGACUACAAUUUAAAACAGAUAGAUAGAUAUUCAAAGAGAUUUAAUCAUUUCAAUAGCAACUCAAAACCGUUUUAACUUCAUUGUUGCUAUAUGUUUCCAUGGUAACAUAUUACACUUAACGUUAACUGUGUUAAGAAAUCUUGUGGUUUGGUCAGUAUUUUAUCGUUGUGUUCACUACACCAUUGUUCUAAGGUGUCUUUUUUACUUUCAAGUAUUUUAAUUAAUGAAAAAUUAAGUUUUACUUACCCGAUUCACCAGAAGACGGCGCAGCUGCUCCGCAAUUCACAGCGUAUGACGCGUUUCCUCGAGUGUGUGCGCGAGCAACAAAAUAACGGAAAUGUAGCAACAAAGUAACCGCGCUUUGAGACCAGCAACACAACUGAGUUUUUACUGUGAGUACAACGCUUAUUUAUUUAUCUGUUUAUUUUAAUGAAAAUAUCUAUAUUUAAAGGUGUUAUAGCCUAUUUUUACUGUUACAUUACAUUUAGUUCCUGAUAUCUGUCCAAAAAAAACAUUAACACUCCAGCAAAACUAUACAUUUUACAUCCUGCAGGAAUCUUAUCAUUUCUGUAGGAUGUUACACAAUCCAACAGGACGUCAGUGGACAUACCUGAAGGAAUCAUAGAAGUACAUAAGAAAUCCAGCAGGAGUGUCACAUUCCUGCAGGACAUAACAGUUAUACAGGACUCCUGCAGGAUUUUUUUGUAGGGGUUGUUCUGUGAGAAUGUUAUUUGAGUUUGAUUUUAGCUAAUUGCUUUGAGAAGGAAAAUUUAUCAGAUAGAAGUUUUUUUUUAAUCUCGGAUUUGUUACAUGUCUUUGCAAACUAAAUAUGAAAAUAAUCCUGUUAUUGUUUGGCCUAAAAUACAGGUCAGGUUUUUUGUUGCGGUGGAACUGAAAGUUCUAGAAAUCAGUUGAUGGCGAGCCUCCCACGGAUCUGGACACUCAAUUCACUGAAUCAGCAUCUUAUUGUGAAACUACGGGUUUCUGCCAUACAAGGUAGGAUCAAAGCUUAUUUAUAAUUUUGCUAUUUUUCCAUCUUCUCGGUUGAAAGUACGAGGAAAUUCUCUUCCUGGACUGUCCAACGGAUCUAUUUUUUUCCUAAUGCCCAUCCACAUGGCGCGGAUUUAACAUUGAACAGUUUUUUCUGUUUUUUACUGAUUGCUGGAAAAGAAACCGAACUGAUUUUUUUUUUUUUUUUUUGAAGUUAAAGAGACUUUAAAAGAACUGUUUAAUUUGACAAAAUUUGACUGUGGAAGAAAACUGAGAAUUCAUUGGAUUGGGUCUUUAUUGACUUUGUGAAACUUCAUUGACUUACAUUUUGAUUUUUUUGUGAGUUACAAAUUUCAUGGAAGGGUAAGAAUUACCAAACUGAUCUUACAUACUUAUAGAUAUAUUAAGUGUGUUUACGAGGUGCACCUGUAGGGUUUUUAUAUUUGUUGUACAAUCUGACAUUUGUACUCUGUGAUACCGGUAUACUGUGUUUUUUUUUUUUUUGUUAUACAACUGUUUACAUUUUUUUCUCUCUCCUUUAACAUUGGCCAUUUCAUCAAGCCUUUAUUUACAGGCUCCAUAGUCGAACCUAACUGGUCCGAAUAGCAUCCAUAGUUGCACUUACACAAAUAACUUUUUAUUGGUGCAACAGGUGUUACAUAAUGUAAUGUUAAGAGUUUACCUCCAAAUAGAAUGUAUGUAGGACCCUAACAAAUUUAAAACAUUACACACUGAUUUAUUCAUAUACAAUAUGUGCUCUGAUCAAGGAACCAUUUAAUACCACUGAUAUUGUGUGAACAUAUUGGAUGUCUUUUUUAAACAGCCGAUAGCGAAAGGCGCAGCACACCUUACCCUGAUCACGAAUGCAUAGUUUACCCACCUCUUAUUUUAACCACCGCAACCCUGUUUAUAACUUUGCAAGUCAUGUUUCUUUUUUAAUUUAAUCUCUUUAAUGCCUAUCUCAUAUACUGUAUUGUGUAAGCAUACUUGGCUUUGGAUGCUACAUACCAUAAACAUAAACAUAUCUGUCUGUUUGAUUACAGGUGCUGUGAGGAAAAACACGGUGACACGGUCAGCCACGGACGCGGAGGUCACCAAGCACGCAAUCAGGUGGUUCAACCUGGCGGGGGAUCGGGCAACGAGGAGACGUGUCCCGCCUCCAUCCACACAAACGGAGUGAUAAACCCACAAGAAUGGAGGACAAAUGGACAUCAGAGACUGUAGAAAAGCACAAGGGAAAAAACAAGGAUUUGGAAACAACAGGAGUCCAUCCAUAUGAACAGCUACAACAGGAUGAGACUGAAAAACAGAGUGAUCUAUUUAACAGACUUCAUCUUGACGGGUGCCACAACAAACUGGGAGCUGCAGAUGUUCUUCUGAUAACUGAACAUUCAUUACAGUCUCAAGAGUUUUGUGCUGAAGAAGAGCUGAUUCAUACUUUUAUACAAAACCUACUGAUAAUUGAUUACAGAGCAAGAUAUAUUCAUGUUAAAGUGAUCAAUGAACGAGAUCGAAUAAAACAAAAAGACAAUGAUUCAUCUGAGAGUGAUAUAUUUGAUGAUUUUUUUGAAAACAAAAGCUUGUAUCACAAAGGAAUGAGUCAAUCUGAUCGAAUUCACCCGAUGGAUGUCCAGAUGGCUGUGUUUCAUUGUGCUGAUAGAUUCCUGAAGCAGCUGAUGGUCACUAAACUGUCCCAGUGUCAGUACGCUCUGCCUCUGCUUGUUCCUGAUCCAUUCACACAACAGAUUGAGUUUCCUCUCUGGACAUUCAGACAAAUCAACAAGAGCUGGAAGAUGACAAACACCAACAAUGAAAUCAUCAGUCAAACCCAGCCGAUCUACAGAGCACAAACUCCAAUGGUGUUUUUCUUCAGGUUUGGCUCUGUGUCUUCAUCCAAGUCUCAGCUGAUGAACAGUCUGAUCAAUGAGAAACACAACACGUUCUUCCACAGGAACUGCAAAGGCAGCAGCAGAACCAGAGUCCUGAUGGAUGGAGUGGUGGAGAUCGCCUGGUUCUGCCCCUCUGGAACAAAUGAUAAAUUCACUGACUGUGUUGCUUUCUGUAAUCUACACGGUGAUGCAGGAGACCAUGAGAAACAGCUGCAGAUCCUCACAAAAAUGGCCUCAGUCAAUGUUGUUCUUCUGCCACGACUUCAGAGGAAUGAUAGAAAUGCAGCAAAGAUCCAAAACCUGUACAAGGAUUCAAAGCCACUCAUUUGUCUCUUUACUGAGGAUGAAUCUGCUGUAACUGAGGCUAAGAAAGGGAAAAUCAAGAUCGGUCUGAAAGACAGAAAUCAGUCAGAUGUAUCUGAAGAAAUCAGAGGAGCCAUAAAUGAUUGUCUCUCAGAAUCAUCUCACACUUUCAGACUUGAAGAUGCAUUCAAACACUCAGACAUCAGAGUAGAUGAGGAAGAUGAUGAUGACUGCAAGAAAGGAAGAGAAGCAGCACAGCAGAUGAUGAGUUUACUGGAGAAGAAAGAUCUGACAGAAAUCAAAGAAUCAUUUCUGCCUCAUCAAGGGAAACUGUGGCAGCGGUGGAGUCACAAGAACAAAGAACUACAUCGACCUCGAGGAGAUGAGAUAGAAAAGGAAAUAAGUCGAAAAGAAACAGAAAUGAAGGCAAUUCGUCAACAGCAGCAUGGAACUAAAAUACAUCAGUUUAUGAAGCUCUUUAUUAAAGAAAUGAUCUCAAAUGCUGAAUGUGAAAAGUUGUUUUUCCUUAAAUGGCUCAGAAUCCUCCUGGAUGAACAAACAUCAGCUGAUCUUUCUGCUUUACAUCACAAAUAUGAUAACAUGUGGUCUACAGUCUUAAAACUGAAAGAGAACAUUGAUAAAUCUGAACAACUCAAGUCUCAAAAACUCAAAGCAGAACAAACUGAACUUGAGAGAAUAUCUGAGGAUCUUCAAGCUGCAACCUUUGGUGUGGAGCACAUCAUGAGGGAGAUUGGUCAGAUCUAUGAAUCAUGUGAAUCUGUGAAGAAGAACAAGAAAGACCUGCAGGUUGACUUCUCUUCUCUCCCGAGUCUCGCAGCAGAGAUGAUGAUCUCUGGAUCUCCACUGGAGCUGAUGGAUGGAGAUGCUGCUCAUGUUCCUGUGAUCUGGAUCUCUGCUGUUCUGGAUCAACUCAUCCAGAAACUGGGAGACCAGAGAGUCUUUGUGCUGUCAGUUUUAGGGCUUCAGAGCUCUGGGAAAUCCACCAUGCUGAACGCCAUGUUUGGACUGGAGUUUGCCGUCAGUGCUGGCAGGUGCACCAGAGGAGCUUUCAUGCAGCUGGUCAGAGUCUCAGAUGAGAUGAAAACACAGUUGAACAUUGACUGUAUUCUGGUUGUUGAUACUGAGGGUCUUCGUGCUCUAGAACUGGCUGGAAGAUCAACAAGACAUCAUGACAAUGAACUGGCCACAUUUGUUGUUGGUCUUGGAAAUAUGACCUUGAUCAACAUCUUUGGAGAAAACCUGUCUGAGAUGCAGGACAUUCUUCAGAUUGUUGUUCAGGCCUUCCUGAGGAUGAAGAAGGUCAGACUGAAUCCCAGCUGUGUGUUUGUGCAUCAGAACGUUUCAGACGUCACAGCUGGAGAGAAAAACAUGGAGGGAAGGAGACGACUGCAGGAGAAACUGGAUGAGAUGACAAAACUCGCUGCUAAAGAUGAAGUCUGUGAUGAAGAAUGUUUCAGUGAUGUCAUUAGAUUUGAUGUUCAGAAAGAUGUGAAGUAUUUUGCUCAGCUCUGGGAGGGAAGCCCACCAAUGGCACCACCAAACCCAAACUACUGUGAGAACAUUCAAGAACUGAAGAAUACUAUUAUGUCUCAUGCCUCAAAAUCAAAUGGAAUAAUGCUGAAAGACUUAAAAGAUCGUAUUAAAGAUCUCUGGGAGGCUUUACUGAAUGAAGGAUUCGUCUUCAGCUUCAGAAAUUCUCUGGAGAUUUCAGCCUACAGGAAACUGGAGAACGAAUACAGCAAGUGGUCCUGGAGUCUACGCAGAGCCAUGAUGGAAACUGAGAACAAAUUAUACAACAACAUAGAAAAUGAAACAAUUCAUGAGGUUGAGGUAACUGAUCUUCAAAGAGAACUGAAAAAGACAAGUGAAGAAGUGAAUAAAUCAAUGUCUGAGUUAUUUGAUAAAGAUAGAGAUAAAGAUAUACUGAUUCAGUGGAAAACAUCAUUUGAAAUUAAAAUCAAAGAGCUUCAGGAAAAUGUUGUGAGAGAAACAAAGAGGAAAUUAAAUGAGGUUCUUCAGCAGCGAGACCUGAAGAAAAAGAUUGAUGCUCAGAGGACACAUCAUGAAAACACUCUCUUGGAAAAGAGCAAAGAACUCGCCUUAAAACUCAAAGACAAAACAAACGAUGAAGGAAGACUGAAGAAAGAAUUUGAUUUGUUUUGGGAACAGAGUGUGAAGAAAAUCAUCAGAGACACUCCUCCAAUCGGAAAGAUUGACAUAAUGAGAGACGUGAGAAAGAUCCUCAGUGACAUCUAUGAAAGUGUUCCUGUAGAUCACCGGAGCGAGAGCAUUGAUAUCUUCACUGUGUCAAGUUAUUCAGAUUAUGUACAGUUAAGGAAAUCCGGGGGAAUUACAGGACCUAUAACAAAUAUCUACAAAUCAGCUAAAGAGAAGUUGGGUUAUAUUCUGUCUCCAGAGGAUGAAGCUAAAAUAAGAUCAUUUGUCACAGAUGUAGCUCAGCAGACAGACAAAGAGAUUCAGUCAUUUAACAUCUCGAAAAUGGGCUACAACAAAAGCUGCAUUCAACAACUCACAGGUUAUGUCAAGGCAAGAAUAACACAACAUGAGGAAGGACGAGUGAAAUAUGUGUUCAAGAAUGAAUUCUUCAUGGAUUUGGUUCUUUCCAUCUGUAAGAGAUCAAACAAGAUGUUCACUGACCAACACAAACUGUUCAGGGAAACCAAUGAUCCUGUAAUAUAUAUUGAAAAUAAGAGAGAAGAGUAUUAUAGUAUUUUCCAGAAAUACUGUCAUGGAGCAACAUCAGCUGUUAUUUUUGGAGAGAUCAUCUGUCAGAAACUGAAAGAGCCCAUUGAGCAGAGCGUCUACAAGAAGACUGCCAGAGAUCUGACAGGUGAAAUGAGAUCAAACUGUCCAUCACUGAAUGGAAACAGAUCAAAUCUGGAGAAACACAUCCUGAAGACACUGGCAGAAGAGGAGGAUUUUGACAAAUACAUGAACUACAUUAAUAAUCCCAGAGAUCACUUCGAGAGUUUCAUCAGAGAUGAAGUCAGUCGGUACAUCACUGAUCGGUUCAGUCUCAGUGUUUUACCCAAGAUGAAGGAGAACAUUAAACUCCUGCAGCAGAAGAUCAGGGAAGCAGCUCAUCAAUCUACUGAACAUGUUCAAGAGAACGGAGGAGAUGUUGGUUUGUGGUUGAAGAGUUUCACACAGCAGCUCUCAGAUGAGCUGAUCUUCUCUGAAAAACACCUCAGUGGAGUCAAACAUGAUGAUGUAGAUGAUUUCAACCUCCUAGAAGAUGUGAUAAAAAAAGAAUUCCCUUCGAUAAAAUGUGAUAAAAUGUCUGCUAUAAUGUCUGAGAUCAGCGGGAGAUUCAACAGAGAGUCAUUUCCAGUAAAUCUGGACCUCAAAUUUAGACCAGAUGAGCUUCUGAUUAAUCACUUCUGUCAGUGCUGCUGGGUUCGGUGUCCGUUCUGUGGAGCCAUCUGCACCAACACCAUUGAAAACCACGAUGAAGACCACAAUGCCCCUUCACAUCGUAAUAUUGGACUGAAUGGGUGGUUUUACAUGGGAACAACAAACUUGUCUAUUAGCAUCUGCACAUCAGCAGUAGCAAGUGAUCGAAAGUUUUGUAGCAAUGAUUCAGAUUUCUACUGGAGAGAUUACAGAAGAGCAGGAGGAGUUUAUGCAAAAUGGUGUAUCACGCCUAAUCUCUCUGAAGUGCCCUACUGGAAGUGGUUUGUGUGCAGAUUCCAGAAACAUCUGGAAAAGCAUUAUAAAAAAACAUUCCAGGGUAAAGGUGAGAUUCCAGCUCAAUGGAGAGAGCACAAUAAACAAAAGGCAAUUCUGAGUUUGGGUUAGUGCUUUAUUAAUAAUAUAAACUAUUAUACUUUUAUACUAAUUCACAGAACAAUCUAAAAUAAAAGCAUGCAGUUUCCCUCUACAGUACAUUAUAAAAAAGACUCUAAAGCUGCAUCUGAAAUCGGUCACUGGUUCACAUAUUUACUAUUUUCUAUAUGAGGAAUGGAACAUAGUGCACUAUAGAAAGGAUUCAGACAGUGCAAAUAUGCUUUCCAUUCCAAACUGAAAGAUCUAAGGAUUAGUAAUAGAAACCGGUGUGUGUUGCCGCUUCAAAAGAGCAACCCUGCAUUUGUUUUAUUUUCCUAAUUUUAUAGUUUUUUUUCUAAUCAUUUAAUUAAUAGUUUCGGUAACACUUUAUUUUAAGGACCAAUUCUCGAUGUUAAUUAGUUGCUUAUUAGCAUGCAUAUUGGCUGUUUCUUAGUACUUAUAAAGCACAUAUUAAGGUCUUAUUCUGCAUGACCGUAUUUUAGAUUCCUUACUCCUACACCAUACCUAAACUUAACAACUGCCUUACUAACUAUUAAUAAGCAGUAAAUUAGGAGUUUGUUCAGGGAAAACACCUAGUUAAUAGUGAAUGUGUUCCCUAUCUUAAAGUGUUACCAAAAUUUCAUUUAUAAUUUCACCAUGUACAUUACUCAUUUUUAUUAGAUUUGUAUAUUUUAUAUUCCUUAUUAUCUUCCUUGCUCUUGCAAUUCCUGUCAUUGUUUAACAGUAUGAUUUUGGAGUUAGGUAUAUUUGUCUUCAUGAGUUCUAGAUAAGAGAAUGUCUGCAUUUCAAGGUCAUAGGAUGAUGUUGUGAAGCAGUAAAUUUACAUUGUUUUUCCUUUGAUAUAAUAAUGUUGUUUGUAUGUGUGCUGUUCAGACGAGGUUGAGAAGAAGUUUGGAUGAAGUCGACAAGGUCCGACUGAGCAUUGAAAGAGUCACAGCUAAUAUUAUUCAAUAAAUCCUGCUCA